AUGGCGGCGCUGAAGGCUUUGGGUUGUACUCUGCGACCUUUGCUGCCAGUGGUCCAGACUUGGGAUGCCGACGCUAGGCGUUGGGUUCGGGCGCUGCGGAGGAGCCCUGUGAAAGUGGUGUUUCCCUCUGGACAGGUUGUAGAACGGAAGCGCGGGCCUGCUAAGAAGCAGCCCCCGGAGGUGGUGUCUCGGGCUUGUGCCCAGACACAGCCACAGCAGCAGCCCUCAGAUUCUACGCCCAGCAACUGGGAAGAGUCAGGGCUUCGCUACGACAAAGCUUUUCCCGGGGACAAGAGACUGAGCCGUGUCAUGACAAUAGUUAAGUCCAGGCCGUUUCGAGAAAAGGAAGGGAAAAUCCUGCUGGAGGGUCGCAGAUUGAUUGCCGAUGCUCUCAAGGCUGGGGCUGUGCCGAAGACUUUCUUCUUUAGCCGUCUGGAAUACAUAAAGGAGCUGCCCUUGGCUAAGCUGAAAGGUGUCAGCCUCAUUAAGGUGAAAUUUGAGGAUAUCAAGGACUGGUCCAACCUGGUAGCACCACAAGGAAUAAUGGGGAUUUUUGCCAAACCUGACCAUGUUAAGAUGACAUAUCCAGAAACUCAGCUUCAUCAUUCCCUGCCCUUAUUGUUGAUUUGUGACAAUCUCCGUGACCCUGGGAACCUGGGGACAAUUCUGAGAUCUGCUGCUGGGGCAGGCUGCACCAAAGUCCUACUCACCAAAGGCUGUGUGGAUGCCUGGGAUCCCAAAGUGCUACGGGCAGGCAUGGGCGCACACUUCCAGGUGCCCAUUAUCAACAAUCUGGAAUGGGAAGAAGUACCCAACUACCUGUCCACUGACACCCGGGUCUACGUGGCUGACAACUGUGGCCUUUAUGCCCAGGCUCAGCGGUCUAACAAAGCCAGUGACCAUGUAUGUGACCGACGAUUCCUGAAGCUUCAUAAGUAUGAGGAAGCGGAAGAUACAGAAACAAGAGAUAAGAAAGACUGGCUUCCUGACCUGGAGGUCCAGAGCUACGACCUGGACUGGACAAAAAUGCCAGCGGCUGUUGUUAUUGGUGGGGAGACCCAUGGCGUAAGCCUGGAGUCUCUACAGUUGGCUGAGAGCACGGGGGGCAGGCGGUUGCUGAUCCCCGUCGUGCCAGGUGUGGACAGCCUGAACUCAGCCAUGGCUGCCAGCAUCUUGCUUUUCGAAGGAAGAAGACAACUGCGGCUGAGGGAGGAACACGGGAGCAGGUGCAGGAGUUACCACUGA